UGAAGUUGAGUGGAUUCUCCAACGGGGACUAUUUUUUAACCGCUGCCAAGAUGAAAUUAGAAUUCAAAGAUGCCUUUUGGGGAGUGGACUUCAUCAGUAAUAUCGGGUAUGAGACCAUCAGUCAGAGACUCCAUGAUGGUCGACGAACAUGUAAAGACAUGGAGGAGCUCUUGAAAAUGAGGGCAUCAGCAGAAGAGAAAUAUGGCAAGGAACUGGUCACAAUUGCCCGCAAGGCCGGAGGUUUAUAUGAGAUCUGCACUUUGAGGUCAUCUUUUGAUGAAAUGAGAACACAAAUCGAAAAUGUAGGAAACGCACACAUUCAGCUGUCUACAGCUCUAAAGGACGAGGUGAAGAGAAUGGAGCAGUUUAGAGAGCGACAGAAAGAACAGAGAAAAAAGUUUGAAGUCAUCAUGGAGAAGGUCCAGAAGACAAAAGUCUCCCUCUACAAGAAAACAAUAGACUCUAAAAGAUCCUACGAGCAGCGCUGCAAGGAGGCAGAUGAGGCAGAGCAAACUGCAGAGAAGAUGGGCAACGCUCCUACGGCCACUCCCAAACAGAUCGAGAAGAUGAACAACAAAUCUAAACAGUGCAGAGAAGCUGCAGUGGAGGCUGAGAAACAGUACAAAUCAAACAUUGAACAGCUGGACAGGAUUCGUCAAGAGUGGGAGUCGACACACAUCAGCACAUGUGAGAUUUUUCAGCUGCAGGAAGAAGACCGCCUCAGCGUACUAAGGAAUUCUUUGUGGGUGCACUGUAACCAGUUAUCAAUGCAGAGUGUGAAUGAUGAUGAGUGUUACGAGAAUGUGAGGAAAAUACUGGAAAAGUGUGACAUCACCACGGACAACAACUGCUUUGUGGAGAUGAAAAGCACCGGCUCGACCCCCUCAGCUCCAAUCGAGUACGAAAGUUACUACGACAGGGAUGCUACGGAUGACAGAAACGGCAGCGCUGGAUUUGUAGGAGUGAUGAAAAGGUUUUCAAAUCUUCUGCAGUCAAACUGUUCCAGUGGAUCCAAACUCAGCAUCAAUGAACCAGCCACACAACCUACUGGUAUAGUAGCAGAGACAUCAGACGGAGUAUAUGCCUCCGUUAAUACUUGUCAGGACUCCCAGCUGAGCAGUGAGGGGUACCAGGUCAUAUACGACUACGUGGCACAGGGGGACGAUGAGCUCACUGUGUCCGUCGGGGACGUUGUGGUCGUCAUAGAACAAGGUGAUGACGGCUGGUGGACGGUGAGCAGAAACGGCCUCACUGGAUUGGUCCCGGGCUCUUACCUUGCCAAAGAAUGAGCUUACCUGACAUUCCUUAUGUAAUAUUUUGUAAUGGCAUUGUCAUUUCAAACUCCCUUAUCUGAUGUUCAUAUUUGUGUUGCAUGUAUCGUUAAAGCCCCUAUAAGUAGGAUUUAAAAUGUCAAACUCUCCACCUGUGAUAUGGUGGCAUCAUGACAGACACUGCGACAGAGAUCAUGUGACUGAAGAGCUGACUGUUCCGGUUUGUCUUUUUAUCCUUCGGAUAGGGGUUGUCACGUACAGUAGCUCAAGGCAGUGUUGAAUGAUGAUUUAUUUAUUGCUAUGGCACAUAUUCAUAUGACUUUGCCCUCGUUGCUGGUGUGUUGAGUGCUCCUCAUACCACUGACAGCUGGGAGAUUAAGAGAUCUGUUGCACGAGAUCGCUGCACUAAGUUUAUUCAUAUACUGUUGUAUUCUUGUGUAUCUGUGCAGUGUUUGAUUUCUAUUGUUGGCCUGUAUAUAAUUUCUAUGUGUAGUUAUUGUUUCUAUUCUGAAUGCUAAUAAGAAUUAUUUGUAAAUGGGCAUUUAUUUGUAUUUAUUUAUCAUGACAGACAUUUUUAAAGGAUUACUUUUCCACAAAAUUAUCAUUUGUAGAUCAAUUAGUCGUGCUGUGUUAUCUUGAAUGCGUGGAGAAAACAUUGUUUUUCUUGCAUGCCUCCAGGACCAACAGUGAACAUAUUGAUUUAUUGAUUGGGGGCCACAUUUAACAACAGCAAAACUACAUCAAAAUAUGAGUUUACAAACUCUCACACAACCCGUGCAGUACAGUUCAAGUCUCUUUUAUCCAGUCAUAUGCUCGGUGUUUCCCAAACACAUGCAUUUUGACCAAAAAACCCUUAGUACAGGAGUUUUUUGCCAACGUUUUUUGGGAAAAUGCAUGUGUUUGGGAAGUACUGGCACAAAGUGACUUUGCCAAGUAGGACAUGUUCCUGGAUCAACAUUGUGAUCAACCAGUCACAGCCUUCUGACAUUAUCUGUGUGCUGCUCCUGUGCUUCUUUAAAAAGUAUUUUGUGCUUUGUCUGAACUAGUUUUCCAAAUUUAAAUUAUUACAAUUGAACAAAAUCCUCAGUAACACUGAACAAAAUCCUUAUGAGCUGCAGGGUUAGCGAGUUAGCUUGCUGAGAAAGUAGGCUGUAAAAAUGUGUUAAUAGCAGGUCUUUCCAACUGAACAUAAUAUUAUCCUUCUAUCUUUGUUAGUUUACUAUAAUCGAGGCUAUUGGCAAGCUAACUGGUUAGCAUAACCUACAUACUUAGAAAGCUAACUCCCUAAAAUUCUAGCCUAUUGGCUAGUUUACUGGUUCAGUGUAACUGAGGAUUUUGUUAAAUUGCACUAACUUCAAUAUGGAAAACAGCUCAGAAGAGGCACAAAGGAAUUUUAGCACACUGAUGAUGUCAGUGGACUGUGAUUGGCUGAUUGCAAUGUUGGUCCAGGAACGCAAUGUGGGAUGUUGAUCCAGAAGCAUGUCUCACUUAGCAAAAUCACACUGUGCGAAGCAAAAGUGCUGAGCAUACGGCUGGAUUAAUGAGAUU